CACUUUUCCCUUCCCCUCCAAACACUACACUCACUUAUGUUCCGAGAUGUUCCUGCUGUCUUCAUGUCUGCUGCAGCGGGAGCAUGUGCAAUGCAGUGUGGUGUUUCAGAAUGACGUCUCCUUAUUUCUCUCAAAGCAUGCCAGUUGUCACUCGAAGAGCUGAGGAGCUUGCCAGCUGUACCGCUGCUGCGUCUCUUCUGUCCGGACGAAGGGACGCGGAUGCCCGGUCCUCGGUUGCUAUCAAAACAGAAGAGGAAGAGACGAGAGUCUCCCAACAAACAGCUUCUUUAUCAACACUAGAUGGUACUCAGGACCUCCUCCAGCUGGCCACCACUCAACCGAAACUAGAAUCAGAUGCUUCGUUGUUAUCUUCGCAAAGCCGCAGGCGUAGAAAAUUAAAGGUGGAGUACGAUGAAGGUGCCUCACAGGUGAAGAUGGAACAUUGGGAACCUCCUGCUUGGAAGACACAAUUGGGACACAUUCGUGAGAUGAGGAGCAGCCAUGAUGCUCCCGUCGAUAGCAUGGGAGCAAAGAAGUGCUGUGACGCUGAGGCUCCGGCUAAUGUGAGACGCUUCCAGGUGUUGGUGUCUCUGAUGCUGUCCAGUCAGACCAAAGACCAGGUGACAGCAGCUGCUAUGCAGAAGCUUAGAGCUCAUGGCUGUACUGCUGAAAAACUCCUGUCUACUGAUGAUAAAACUCUUGGAAAACUCAUCUACCCAGUUGGCUUCUGGAGGAACAAAGUCAAAUUUCUGAAGAUGACAGCGGCCAUGCUCGUGAAGGACUAUGGUGGGGACAUCCCAGACAGCUUGGAGGGGCUUGUUCGUCUGCCAGGGGUGGGACCCAAGAUGGCUCACCUGGCUAUGGAUAUCGCCUGGGACCAGGUCUCCGGUAUAGGUGUAGACACACACGUCCAUCGGAUCUCAAACAGGCUGGGCUGGCUCAGGAACCCUACCAAGAACCCUGAGGCAACACGCAAGGCCCUACAGGAGUGGUUACCCCGGGAUCUUUGGAGCGAGAUUAACUGGCUACUCGUGGGUUUUGGACAGCAGGUUUGCCUCCCAACCAACCCGCUCUGCUCCCUGUGUUUGAACCAGUACAGCUGCCCAUCCGCUCACCAAAGCUCUCCUGCAAAGCGGCUUAAAGUUCGAUCGCCGCGCUCUCUCUGUCCAGACGCUUUAUUUGAAGCAAAAACUGAAGAAACUAUUUUUAAUGUGGAAAAAAAAGAAGAGCCACAGAUUGUUAAUCCCAUCACACAGGGAAGGAAACUGAAACGAAACAUUAAACACUAAUAAAAUCAUUCUCUUGGUA